UAACUCCGCCGGGACCAGAGGGCAAGAGCCGGCCCCGCUCUGCCCUCGAGGGCGGGGGGCCGGAGGCUGUGUAGCGGAGGAGGGAGCGGGCGGGCAGGCGGCGGCGGCGGCCGCGUAAGAUGAGCAGCAGUUGCUCCGGCCUGGGCAGGGUCCUGGUGAUUGUGGCUGCAGCCCUAGUGCCUGUCUCUUCUGCUGGCCCUGAGGCUUGGGGUCCCCCAGGUGUCCACUACGGGCAGCUUGGAGAGACCGUUGUGCUCUUGUGUCCAGGAGCGAGCCCCGGGACCCCGAUUUCCUGGCAUCGGGCCGAUGGCCGCGCGCUCCUGGGGACGGCGAGGUCGGAGUUAGGGCUGGGACGGCAGGAACUGGUCCUGGAGCAGGCAGAGAACAAAGACGAGGGCACCUACAUCUGCCAGGCCCAGGAUGGGGGGGCCGGAGGCUCUGUGACGCUGCAGCUGGGCUACCCCCCGGCUCGUCCCAUGGUUUCCUGCCGGGCUUCCGACUAUGAGAAUUUCUCCUGCUCUUGGAGUCCCAGCCGGGUCACCGGGCUCCCCACGCGAUACGUUGCCUCCUACAGAAAGAAAAUCAUCCUUGGAACAGAAAGAGGAAGGCCAGCGCUGUCUGCCGAUCCCCGGCCGUGCUCUCUGGAACUUCCUGGGGCCACCCGGUGUGUGGUCCACGGCUCCGAGUUCUGGAGCCAGUACCGGAUCAAUGUGACAGAGGUGAACCCCCUGGGAGCCAGUGCCCGCCUGCUGGAUGUGAGCAUGCAGAGCAUCUUAAGGCCAGACCCCCCGCAGGGACUUCGAGUGGAACCGAUCCCUGGGGCUCCUCGACGCCUGCUGGUCAGCUGGACCUACCCAAACUCCUGGCCCCUCCAACCCCACUUUCUGCUCAAGUUCCGACUGCAGUACCGCCCGGUGGGCCACCUGACCUGGUCCAUGGUGGAGCCAGCUGGGCUGGAGGAGGUGAUCACGGACGCCGUGGCCGGGCUGCCCCACGUGGUGCGCGUCAGUGCCCGAGACUUCCUCGACGCUGGCACUUGGAGCGACUGGAGCAAGGAGGCCUGGGGGACCCCGAGUCCUGCCCCGGCUGCCUUUGGCCCCAGCGCCAGACCCAGCGAGAGGCCUUCGGAGACCGCGACGCAGGCGCAGGCGCAGACUGAGAAGGAGCCAGGCAGACAUGCUCUCCCCAGGCCUUCUCUGCAGCCCAACUCUCAGCCACUCAUGGAGCCCGGGGACCCCCUGGAGCAGGUGGCCGUGGUGACGUCUCUGGGAGUCUUCUCUUUUGUGGGCCUGGCUGCCGGCGCCCUGGCGCUCCUGCUCUGGCUAAGGCUGAGAGGCCACAGGAAAGGGGCUGCCCCCAAGCCUGGAUUCUUGGCUCCCAUGGUGCCGGUGAAGACCAUGCCUGAGAGGGGCCCCGAGGCUGCUGCGAUCAGACAAGCCCGGGUGGAGUUCUGUGCCGCCGCCCGGGGCCCCUCCGCGCACGGACCGCGCACGAGUUCCGCCCCAGGUUCCCCCAACGCCGGGGCCGGAACUCCUUGGGACUGAACUGCACAGGGGACAAGACGGGACUGUGGGUAAUUAGGAGCCAGUGCAUGGUUCAGGUUGUCAGAAGCUGGAGAAAUGAAGGUCAGUGGGAAUUGGUGGGUAAAUGAGGAUGAAUAGAAAAAGGCAUUCUCCGUUCUGAGGCUAGUUCAAGCAGAGUGUGCAGGGGGCAGAGGGAAGGCUAGGAGCAAGAGAGACCUAGGGGACCUGAAGGUGAAAGGUGGAAGAAGAAAAAUACGGGGCUCCCUGUCUCUUCUAAGGGGAAUCUUCCUCAGGAACUUUUAAGAUGGGUUCCUCUGGGAAUGUGGCCAGGGAGUGCAGGGGUACCUCCAGAGACCCUCCCUCAAUUUACUUUCCUUUUCUGCUUCCUUACAGUGGCUUAGGUCCAGUAGUGAGCUUUGGAGAAUCUCAUCCCUAGUAGGAUCUUACAGUCAGCACCAGUGUGGAAGGGCAGCCGGAGUUUCUGGAAGGACUGUUGACUCCCCUCCAACUUCACCGUCUUGAGGGGCUCUUGUUUGGGGUCCAUUUUUGUGGGACUCCCUGUAUCCCUCAUACUUGCUAUUCAGUGGGUGGUGAACAACUCCUUAGUCAUAUGGGGCUCUUGCAAUACCCCCCCUUUCACACUCUACCCCGCGGGCUCUGCAAGAGGAACAGACUUCCCUCUUAAACAUCUGGGGCCAUGCAGGACCCCACACAUGAGGGUGGUGAAGUUUCUGGGCCCAUGUGGGAAAUACCCGUGUGUGUCUGUGUGUCUGUGUGUAGGACUCUGGGGAGGAGCCAGGUGGCUAACACGGGCUUUCUGAAGACUACGUGUACCUGUGGUUGCUGGGACAUGGACCUGUGUAAGCCUCCUGUGUGUGAGCGCUGGAUGUUGGUGGGAGAGGAAGCUUGGAGGAGGAGAGAAUAUUUGCUGCCAUGUAUCUGUGUGAAUAAAGGGAAUUAGGUGUUCUUUGUCA